GGAGGGGCUGGCGUUGCGGCCGACCCAGACGGAGAAGAAUUUCGUCCACGCGGUCUACGAGACUAUCGCCCCUCACUGGAACCACACCCGUGCCAUCAGGCGCGUGCAUUGGCCCCGUGUGCUCGCCUUCUUGAACGCCCUCCCGGCGCAUGCAUUGAUC